AAACUUGUAGGGCACAUUGAUAAUCAUUUGAAAUUGACGUUGUACUCCUCUAAAUGCUCUUUACCCACUCAUUCCUAAGCAAUUUUCUAUCAAAUCUAAAAUUUAAAAGUUCACAUUAACUUAGUAAGUUGUUUGUCACAAUUAUUCAAACAAAACAAAGUGUUGAUGGUAAGCAAAGCUAAAAGAAAUAAUAAAUAAAUCAGAAGAUAAAAUCUUCGUUAGAUAAGGUUUUAUCUUGUUAUCUUCGCAGUAAUUUAGCACACUGCUACCUUCUCUUCCUCUCUCACAUAUGCAUGCAGUCUACAUGCAAUGCAUAUUUCUGAAGAUGCUCCCUGAGAUUCUCAGGUUUAUCUUGCCUCUUUCUCCUUUGAUGCUCUUGGAGUCUAAAAAAAGCUUGUGGCUUUCUGCAAAAGCAUACAUCCUGUGACAGCCCUCUGAGAAAAAAAUAAAACACGGACGAGCCUCCUGCAUACCAUCAGAGUGUGCAAACAGAAACAUGCAUCGCACUCUGUAGAGUCGUCUAGCUAGCGAAACAAUCAGUUUAAAGAGUUGCUAAUUUAAUUUUAAAAGGUUUCCACCAUGGGGAAUUGCGACAAUCGGACACAAGUAGAAGAGCAUGAUUGGUUGAAAUUAAAUGCCCACGUCAUCGUCUAUGUCCUCGGUACCGCUCUGGCACUGUCACUAUUGUUUAACAUGGCAUGCUGCUUGUCAAAGAUCUGCUCAGGGAAAGGAAGAUGUCAGUGCAGGAAGAGACGAAGUCGGAGUUCCAGACAAAUGGAAGAUAAUCCAAUUUAUGGGAAUCUAAGCUACAUGGAUUCAACAGGUGUAGCUGUGUACACAGACCCUGCUCCUCUUCACUCCUCACUAAGCUCUUCAUCUUUAAGGAUUGCACACAGGAUCCAUCCUGACUCACAGUCCAAAAGUCAGGAAUGCUACGCCAACCUGACCCUGAAGGCUCCCAGGCCACAGUCUGGGCGGAUCUCUCCACAGAUCCUGGUCUCAGAUAUCGUGCAUUUAGAGGAGGCAGAGGAAACCGGAGAGGCAGAGACGGAAGAACCUGUUACCAUAGAUGAUGCUGUCUCCACCAUGUCGGAUCUGUACGCCUCCGUGCAAACCCAGCGAGCCAAAAUGGUCGACACUGCGGACGGUGAAGAAGGCUACGCAAACCAUCUCUGAGACGACCUGUUGACGCUCAGAGGAGGAUGGAGGACAUUUUAAAAGCUUCACCUGCCACCACAGGAGGGCGCUAUUUGUCACCACAUUGAACUGACAGCCUGCUUGCAGCAGUGAAGGACAUCACUCAAAGUGAUAUUCAGCCACAGUUAUACUCAGGACACGCAGACAAACAGGUCAUUACCAUUCAGUCUAGUAUAAUUAAAUUAGAAUUUGUACCAUUUUAAUUCAAGGUACAAAUUCUGAAAAAUAAAAAAUAACCACCUAAUGAAACCAACAGGAUAACUUGAAGCAAACUGAGAACUACUAAAUGGAUCUAUUAUAUCUGUACAUGUAUUAAUGUACUAAUUUUAGUUUAAGUGCAACUUUUCACUCUUUUAUGUUCAUUACUUGUAGGAAGGUUCUAUGGGAAUGAUGCCUGUAAAUACAAGUUCUUUGAAGAUUUUUGUUAAAU